UGGGUCCUCCUUUCCAAGAUGAAGAAAAAAAGAAGGAACAACAGUGGUGCCAAAAAGGGCCGGGGUCAUGUGCAGCCUCUUCGCUGCACGAAGUGCGCCCAGUGCAUACCCAAGAAUAAGGCCAUUAAGAAGUUUGUCAUUCAGAACAUAGUGGAGGCCACCGCCCUCAGGGACAUUUCCGCAGCGAGUGUCUUCGAUGGUUAUGUGCUUCCCAAGCUGUAUGUGAAGCUGCAUUACUGUGUAAAUUGUGCCAUUCACAGCAAAGUGGUCAGAAAUCGAUCUCGUGAAGCCCUCAAGGACCGAUCUCCUCCACCCCAAUUUAGACCUGCUGUUGCUGCCCCUCGGCCUCCACCAAAGCCCAUGGAAGGGGAACUGGGUGUGAUGAGCCUGGAAGAAAAGAAGAACCAGCCAGUGGAGGAGAAGUACAUGUAUGGGUGA